UUUGUGGAAUCUUGUGCAGAAAUGACUAUUAUAGUGGUCACGGUGUACAAUUGGAGACCUGGAGCCGCGAGAGAAAUUGUUUUAAUGUAAAAUGUAACUCCCCUCUUUCCCCUCCCUCUCUGAAAGUGAUUCGCCGCUCGGUGUGUUGUUCGACAUGCGCCUUCCAACCAUAAUUGACAGCACAAACCACCAACGAGGAUCUGGUCGGCGUUCCCCGCUCCCCAAUUGUAAGGCUGGGUGAAUAAUAGGCGCUGAUGGAGCCGCACCAGCAGGUACUAUGUGUAUUAGUAUCCGGGCAGCUGCGACUUUAUGUCAAGAUUGCAACUUCUUAAACAUGUCCCCCCCCCCCCCCCAAAAAAAAACCCCAGCAAAGAGCAGGCGCCGUUUCUUGCCGAAGGAGCCGCGGGCAUGUUUGCUCCAUGCACUGGAAAGCUGUGACAGAGGCAAUCAGUUUGGAGAGCUGUAUGAAUGCUUGCUGAAAUAAAUUGGGCGGAAAAAAACACCCCAUCUCCACCACGGACUUUGACACACAGCGCCACGAAAUAGACAAUAACAUGCGUUUUGAAAAGCAGCAUUUUAAAAUGCAGGGGGUUUGCUGGCGAGAGUUUGGAGUGUUGCCCCUUUGGAGUUGUGCAGACAUGCACCCGGGACGUGUGCUGCAUCGGGGUUUCAACUUGGACAACUACAGAUUUUCUGCAUUUCUUGGCAAGUGUUUCCACAGUUGAAGUCUCGGCUGCAACUUAUGUAACUAACUGGCCGGACCCUGGGGAGUUCAGCUCGUUUGGUCCCCGACUGGCCGCAGACAGAAGGCAAAGCCCACCAAGUUUGCAAGGGUGAAAUGAAGCAAUUUGUCUCUCCUUUUUUGAGGCAACUCCAACUUUUACUCGAUGGCUCCCAGUGAGUUUUCGGGGAUGAUUUUUGUCGUCAGUCCACGGGCUUGCUUGAAGUUCCAGGCAAAUGUUUUUGACAGGAGCAGGUGCCAGAAUUGCUUCAAGCCCUUUGAUCUCCACCGACGAGACUGCGGUCGCGGUGACAACCAGUUGCAAUAUGGCGGUCUCGGCCCGGAUCAGCAAGCCAGCGCACUUAACCAGGGGGAUGUACGACUCGCGUCUCCAGGCUGCAGUCUCUGCUGUAGAACCAUCUCCGAGGAGGUGACUGCCAGCUGGCAGGUGGGAUCGAGAAUGCACAGUCACCUGAGCGGUUACAUUGCCAGGAAGUGGGCUGAGGAGUCGACCCCUUGGGUCUCGCCGUUGCCCAGCGGGGCGGGGACCAGGGGCCACACGUCGAGGGGAGAGUGGACGCUGGGCUCUAGUGCCCCCCAGCUGCGGGGCGAGAGCAGGGACAAGGACACCCACGCCGACAACUCUGCCUGGCUCCAAUCGCGCAGCAGAACAAACUCGGUGGGCUCGCGGGGCAUGGACGUGGUGAGCGUGGAGCGCGUCGCUGGCCGCAAGGCCCGUGUGGAGAGCGGCUACUUCUCCUUGGAGCGGGCCAAGUCGGACUCCGUCCACGGCCUGUGCCCGGCGGCAGGCGUGCGGGCGGGGGAGAGCCGGGGGGGCCCCAGCUCCUCGCCCACAACUGCGCCCGGGCUGCUCAACCUGGGCCGCCUCACCUCCUCGCAGAGCUCCUUCGAGUCGGAGACCAGCUGGGGGACGGCGGCCAGUGCGGGCAGCUCGGACCACCGAGCCUCCCGCCGGGACUACAGCGCGCUGGCCGACAUCCCCAAGACCAAGAGGAUCAGCGGCCGCGACAAGCUGGAGCAGGACUGCAAACAGCUGGCGCCACGGGCGCGCAACCGCAGUCCCGGUCGCGAGGAGGUCGAUCGGUUGUUUGGGCAAGAACGCAGGCCGGUCAGCGAGACGUACCGCGAGUUUGCCCCCGGCACCGCGGGUGGGACGGGAAGAGAAGCGACCGCCUCCCAUCGGCUAGACGAAGAAUCGAGAACGAGUAAGGUCUACCCCAGGAAAUUCCAGCAGAAGGAGACGGAACGAGAAAUCCCUCAACAGCCUUUCUCCAGCCUCUUGAAGAGCAAAAUGCGAGAUCCUCCCACCAGUGCUAAGUACGACAGGCCUGACCGAGGCCUCACGAAACAGGUCUCCUCAUUCUCGAUGACCAGCAAAGACAAACAUCGAUUCCUAACUCAGCAACACGAUAAGGUGGAUACAAAGACUUACUCGCACAAAGAUGAAGUGAAAAUGUGCACUAAAUGUUCUCGUGUUGCUUCAGACAUUAAUAAGGCAGAUAGAAAGUUUUCUAAAGAAGACUCGAGUUCUUAUUCUGGGUAUCUGCAGUCUGCCGCCAAGAUGGACAACCGAUUCCCCUCGCCGGAACAGAGCGCCCACUCGGGAUACCAGCGAUCUACUGCCAAACGAGACCAGGUGGAAACUAGCUUCCCCGAGAGGACUCCGCACCCAGCAUAUGUACGGGCUUUCUCCAGGAGUGAUCGGGUUGAUGCAGGUAUUUCCUCAUUAGAAGAACAGAAACCAUACACGGGAUACCUAACCAGAAGUGAUCGGGUGCCUCUCAAGCUCAACUCAAUAGAAGAAUCAAGCUCUUGCGUCGGAUAUCACAAGACUUCCCUGGCUGAGAGAGGAUUCUCAACCAGGGGCAACUCCGCCACGCCAAACAAGGAUGUCUACCCCCAGACAGCUGACAAGCACGAGAAGACCGAGAGAGGAUUCCCGAAUCGGCCCACUUCCAACUCGCUGCACAAAGAUCUCCGGCAACAGGCGGCCAACAAGGACAGUAAGACUGACAGAGGAGUCUCGCUGAGGAGCAACGUGGACUCGCCCGGCAAAGAUGUCUACCCACAGACCACCACCAGGCUUGAGAAGACUGACAGAGGAUUCUCGAACAGACCCACUUUAAACUCUCCGAACAAGGAACUCUAUUCACCGACACCCGACAAGCCCAACAAGAUCGUCCAUGGAAAUCCCAUGAGAUCCAGAUCGCCGCCUCACCUCCCUAGGCACCAGAUUUUCCAGAAAUCGGUGGUGGACCCCGAACGGGGAUUGCCAGCUGCUACGGCAGAUAGAAAGUUUUCUAAAGAAGACUCGAGUUCUUAUUCUGGGUACUGCAGUCGCCGCCAAGGUUGGUUUUAUACAAGGAUACACAAACGCUUUCAAACCACGUGA